AUGUCCCUCCGCACGGCGGCCGCGGUGGCGGCUGUCUCUGCUGCUGUUGGCCUUUACUUGGACGCCAAAUACUCCAUAAGGAGCGACAUUGCCCAGAUCCGUGGAGCUUGGAGGCUGCAGAGAUACGCCCAAGACCUCUACGAGAUUCAUGGAGAGGAUGACUGGUCCUUCUAUCAUGUCCUUCAUAGCACGUACGGCUUGAACGACAACGAGGAAGCGUUCGUGUUUGAAGGCCGCAGUUGGACGUACAAGCGUCUGAGAGAGGAAAUCGGCCGCUGGGCGGAAGCACUCAAGCGUCUGGGGGUCAGGAACCGCAUGGUGGUUGGCUUGUUCAUUAACAAUUCGCCCGAGUUCAUGUUCACUUGGUGGGCGCUGUACAAAUUGGGCGCAAUUCCAGCUCCAAUCAACACUUCCAUUACCGGAGCCAAUAUCAAGCACUGCCUGAGAGUCAGCGAAGCUGAGAUGUUGAUCACCACGUUCGAGUUGUCCAGCAUAGUCGCGCAGACCUUUGACCUUGGCGAUGGAACAAGGGAUUUCGGGUGCAGCGACCCUUCGUGUCCCCGACUCGGACAUAUUGUACUGUAUGACCAUGGCACGUACCCUUCUGUGGGACACUGGUCGUCCAAGACGCGUAUAACUGUGAUGAGGCAUUCCAUGUUGCCUCCAGCAACGCCGGAAAUGGGCGACUUCCCAAAGUCCUCGAGACCGAAAGUACUGCACACCGAUGCCUCUCAGUAUCUGUUCACAUCAGGCACCACUGGCCUGCCCAAGGCUUUGAUCUGGCCGGCUGGGUACAGUCUGGCUGGCUCGUGUCCGGACAGAUAUCCCAGCAUGCAUGACAAGCGACGAAGGUUCUACAUCUGCUUGCCCAUGUUUCACGGCACAGCGACCUUUGCAGGUAUGCCAGCCACCUUUUCGACAUCUGGGACAGUGAUUCUGGCACGACGGUUUUCGCGGCGGGAGUUUUGGGCAGAUGUGCGUCGCUCGAGGGCGAAUGCUAUCCUUUAUAUUGGGGAAAUGCUUCGAUAUCUCGUGCAAUCUCCUCCUGAUCCUCGAUUCCCGGACGAGAAGGAUCACGAAGUGGAUCUGGCUUUUGGACUUGGGCUGGCGCCCACUGUGUGGCGCGCCGUCAGAGAAAGAUUCGGCAUUCCGUGGAUUGUCGAGUACUACUCAGCAAGCGAGGCGACGAUAUCGAUACUCAACUCGAACAAGAACGACCUCGGUGUCGGCAAGGUUGCGCAUUACGGGCCUCUUAUGCGCAGCAGCAUCUUUCAAGAUAAGUUUUACAUCGUGCGAACCGACCUGGAGACCGGGGAGAUCCUGCGUAAUCCCAAGACAGGGUUUUGUAUGAAAGCACGAGCCGGUGAGGUUGGUGAGGCGAUAUGCAGGAUCUCUCCCCCUGUACAGCGACGGCACGAUUAUGUGGGUGAAGGGGGAACAGAGGCAACGGAGAAGAAAGUCCUCAGGAACGUCUUCGCUAAAGGUGAUGAGUUCUUCAGGCUGGGAGAUGCAAUGGCCAGAGAUAAAGACGGAUAUGUAUCGUUCCACGAUCGAUUGGGCGAUACCUAUCGUGCAAAAGGGCACAAUAUCUCGACGACCGAAGUCGAGGGUUGUAUCAGUAGACAUCCCAACAUCGCCUCCGUCAACGUCUACGCGAUCCCGAUGAACCGCUACGGAUACGACGGACAGUUGGGCUGCGCGGCUAUCACGUUCACCAGUAGCGGCAGAAGUGGCUCCGACUCUGGGGAGGUGGACGCCCAGGAACAGCAGACUGUCAGAGAGCUUGAAAAGUGGACGACGACGAAUGCGAGUGCUUUGCCUGCAUAUGCCGUUCCACGGUUUUUGCGGGUGCUGGUGACUGAUCGACGAGAGCUGAACGGCGGCGGUAACGAUACUGGCGCCGAUAGAGUGUCUCUGAUCAUGAAGAAGCUCAAGACGGGACUACGGCAAGACGGCUUUUCAUUACCUCAGGGCAGCAGAGACAGAAUGUAUUGGAUCGAAAAGGAAGGUUCCGGUUAUGUUCCUCUGACGAACGAGGCAGUACAGCUUCUUCUCUCCGGUAAAGCUCGACUAUGA